AUGAUCCUGGACAACAGGCAGGUCCCCGACAUUAUCGUGAGCCGGGAGGGACUCAGCCAGAACAACAACAACAACAACAACAACGCCCGCAAUGGCAACGGCAGCCCUCGCCACGUGGGCGGCAGGAAUGGCAACGGCAGCCCCAGGCACGUCAACUAUGGCAACGGCAGCCCGAGACAUGUCAGCUACGCCAACGGGAGCCCCCGACAUGUCAACUACGGCAGCGUCAGCCCCCGUCACGUCAACUACGGCGGCAGUGACAGUCCUCGGCACGUGAGCUACGCCAGCGCCAGCCCCCGCCACACGCGCAGCGACAGCAGCAGCGAUGGCCGCGACGCCCCCAGCCACAUGUCGCCGCCCCCGGGCUUCAACAACAACGGCAGCCCCAGGCACACCAACAGGAACGGCUUCGGCGGCGGCGGCGGCCGCCAGGACGGCAACGGCAACACAGCAGAAUCUCCAAGGCAACGGCAACUUCGGCAGUCCGCGGCACAGCGCCCGGAGCGGCUACCUGGGCAGCCCCGCCACACGCAGGGCGGCGGCAGCGUGAGCCCGCGGCACAUGCAGAGGCUGUACAGCUUCGACCUGGGCCACGGGAGUCCCAGGCACUCGGUGGGCGACGUGGACGAAGUGGACGUCGACCAGCUGGAAGAGGAGUUGAGGCGCCACGAGCAGAGACAGCAGGAGCAGGUGCAGCUGCAUUUGCAGCAACAUCGGCAACAGCAGCAGCAAAAACAGCUUGAACAGCACCAUCGACAGCACCAACAGGAGCAGCGCCAACAACAGCACCAACAGGAGCAGCGCCAACAACAGCACGAACAGCAACAGUAUCGCCUACAACAGCAACAGUUCCUAGAACAGCAGCAGAAGCAGAAACUGCGGCAGCACCAGCAGCACAAUAAUCAUCCUCAGCAAACUAAUCAAAAGUAUCAAGAGCAGCAACAGCAGAAGCAGUUGCAGCAGCAGAGGCCACAGCCGCAGCAGAAGCAGCAGCAACAGACGGCCAGCAAGAUCCCCGUGCAGGUGGGGGAGAAGGGGCGCGACAAGGCCAGCUCGCCCGAGUCGCCGCCCGAGGGCCAGCCUGGCCAGCUGGCCAGCCCGAAGAAGGCGCCGCCGAAGAAGGGGCGCGCCCACGUGACGUCGACGCCCGUGCGGAAGCCGGCGGAGCCCGAGCCGAAGGCGCCGUCGGACUUCAAGUCGGUGGUGAAGGAGUACUCGCAGCAGAGCCCCAAGCGCAUCAACCUGCGCAACAAGAACUACAACUACUUCAAGUACGGGCUGUGCCGCAUCGAGGUCAAGGACAAGCCCACCAAGAACUGGCAGCCGUGGCGGCGCUUCGAGGAGGGCGACAAGUGGAGCUCGCCUGAGAACGACAACCUGGAGGUGCGCGACAAGCUGAACACGCACUCGACCAAGUGGAACCGCCAGAACAGGAACUGGUCGUCGCCCGAGCAGGAGGAGUGGGGCGGCGGCGGCGGCGGCGGCGGCUGGAACAUCGAGUGCGACAAGAGCGAGGAGGAGAACGACCAGGUCUUCAUCCCGGACGAGGAGGAGCGGCAGGACGAGCACCCGGACGACCAGAGGCAAGAGGAGGAGAGGAGGAGGCGGAGGAGGAGCCCGCGCCCAAGCGUGAGGUCCGCCGGGUGCCCCGGAGCAGCAGCUACGGCCGCAGGGAGUCGUGGCCCGCCAUGA